CCCGGAGCUCUGAGCCUCCACCGCACCUGGGGUCAGGAGAGGGCAGAGCCAGCCUGAUAAACUGGCAGGACCGGAGGCGCCCUCAGCUUCAGUCCUGAGGGCCGCUCUCUGUUCACCUGAGCCGGGUGCCCUGCCACCAGCUCUGACUCCAGAAACAGCUCCAGAGAGAACCCCAAAGACACGGCUGGCGUGGCAGUGAGUCUCGGGGUCCCCCGCGUGCCGGGCGGGGAGGUUCCCGAGUUCCCACUGGAGGUGCGCCAGGUGGGAGCGCCGCCCGCUGAGGUGAGAAAGAUAAGGCUCAUGGAUACAGCUUUUCCAAGGAGACACAACCAGUGUCUCAACCGCUGAUACAAACAGUGUCAUGGUCAGAAUGAAGACUCAGGUCUGUCUGGCUUCACAGCCCACAUCCCAUCCACUACGAUGACGCCUGGAGAACUAGCCCUUGCCACUGGAAACUACACCCCCGUCACCCACUUCAUCUUGCUGGGAUUCUCCAAUGACCCAGACCUCCAGAAGCUUCUCUUCGGAGGCUUCCUGCUCAUCUACGCCAUGACCUUGGUGGGCAACCUGGGGAUGAUGGCGCUCAUCCUCACGGACUCCCACCUCCACAGUCCCAUGUACUUCUUUCUCAGCAUCCUCUCUUUCCUCGAUGUCUGUUACUCCUCGGUGGUCACACCCAAGCUGCUGGUCGACCUCCUGGCUUCUGACAGGUCCAUCUCCUUCAAGGGCUGCGUGGUCCAGAUGACCUUCUUUGUGAUGCACGCCACAGCUGAGAGCUUCCUGCUGGCUUCCAUGGCCUACGACCGCUGCACGGCCAUCUGCCGACCUCUCCACUACGGCUCUGUCAUGACCAGGGGCACCUGUCUCCAGCUGGUGGCUGCUUCCUAUGCUUUUGGUGGAGCUAAUUCUGCUCUUGAAUCGGGGAAUGUCUUUGCUCGGCCUUUCUGUGGGCCCAACCAGGUACCACACUACUUCUGUGACAUCCAACCCCUUCUCCGCCUGGCCUGUGCAAACACAGCCGUGGCAAGAGUGAUCCUCUAUGUCUUCUCUGCCCUGGUUCUCCUUCUGCCUGUUUCCCUCAUCCUCACCUCCUACGGCCUGGUCUUGCUGGCCAUUGGGAGGAUGCGCUCAGCAGCUGGGAAGGAGAAGGCCCUCUCCACGUGUGCCUCCCACUUCCUGGCCAUUGCCAUCUUCUACAGCACCGUGAUUUUCACCUACGUCCAGCCCCAUGGAUCCACCGAUGAUACCAGCGGCCAGGUAGUGUCUGUCUGCUACACCAUCAUAACCCCCAUGCUCAACCCCUUCAUCUAUAGCCUCCGCAACAAGGAGGUGAAGGAGGCCCUGCAGAGGAAGCUCCUGCUAAACCCCUCGAGGCUGUUUGUUGGCAAGAGGAAGGCAUAGCCUCUUCCAAAUCAGACUGUGAACUGUCCUAGCCAGGAGCAGCCUGGUUUGGAAGGAGAGGGAAGAAGUGAGAAAGAAACAGCAGAUAUCAUCCUUUGUGAUGGUCUUAUUUUACAGUGAAGGAUACUUCACUCUGUAAAAACAAACUAUUUAAAAUCAUACAGUUGGUGAGAGGGUGAGUAUUCAAAAUCAGAGCUUCCACAAAAACAUCAGAGCUAUUUCAGUUACCCCAUAGCCACAUGCCGUUUAUCAGCAGCUCAUCAUGACUCCCAGGGAACAUCACACCAGGGGCAACAGAAUUAUUCCAGCUUUCCCACUGACUCAGUGACAUGGGGGGAGGCUCCAGGGGCUCAGUUCUUUCUUCCUGUUCCACAAAGAAGGAUGGCCUGGAUAGAAGGGUCCUUAUUUCUCACUGCUGCUGUGUUUUGAUGAGCUGUCCGGUUAAAUAAAACCUCAGGAUCAAAAGAGAACUUGCCCCAAACAUCUGUUUUUCUAGACAGACAUUUGUACAUCUUAUAAUUCUCCAGAGUGUGUGUGUGUGUGUUUGUGUAUGUGUGUGAGAGAGAGAGAGAAAGACAUUUAGGCAGAUACAGCUUUGUCUAAGAUGCGGUGCUUCAGGAGACUGAUCCCAA